CGCGCGGGCCCAGCUGACAGCGGCUCCGGCAUGUCGGCUCUGGACUCCAGCAGUGGCCCCGCAGGGCAGCCGGCCCCAUUUCCCACCACCCCCCCGAUGAUGCCUCCACCCUUCAUGCCUCCUCCUGGAAUCCCCCCUCCCUUCCCCCCCAUGGGACUCCCUCCUAUCGGGCAGAGACCGCCAGCGAUGCCUCCCAUGCCCCCUGGCAUGAUGCCGCCUCUGCUCCCACCCAUGGCAGGGCCCCCACCCAUAGGACAGAUGCCACCCAUGGUGCCUCCCAUGAUGCCAGGGAUGCUGAUGCCGGGGCUGCCAGCUGGUCCUGUUCCUGGUGUGGCGGCUCCUGGGACAGACCCAAUUGGCGCUGCUCCGGCUCAGCCAGCACCCACACUCCCGAAUCCCAUGGUGGCCGCCGUCCGGCAGAGCCUGAUGAGCAGCGGCUCCCCCGUGCAGGACGCCCCCCGCAAGAAGCCUCCGUGGAGUGAGCACAGGGCCCCAGACGGGCGCGUUUACUACUACAACUGCAGCUCCAAGCAGUCCACCUGGGAGAAGCCGGAUGAGCUGAAGUCCAAAGCAGAGCUGCUGCUCUCCCAGUGUCCCUGGAGGGAGUACAAGUCGGACACAGGCAAGUCCUACUACUACAACUCCCAGAGCAAGGAGUCGCGCUGGACCAAGCCCCGGGACCUGGACGAGCUGGAGGAUCCAGGCUCCGGCCUUCUCUGCUCUUCCAGGAAGCAGCAGGAGACACCAUCAGCCGCCUCGAGCCCCAGCCUGUCCUCGGCUGCCACCACGGACACGGAGACUGCGGGUGGGGAGGAGCAGGAGACGCCUGCGCUGGGGAGCGCGGCCGAACGCCUGGAGGAAGCAGCCCUGCAGCAGGAGGAAGUGACCAGCAGUGGCGACCCUGGCCGGCGGGAGGAGGAGGAGGAGGGGGGGGCCGGGGAGAGGUGCACCUGCAGCUGGAGCACCAAGGAAGAGGCCAAGCUGGCCUUUAAGGAGCUGCUGAAGGACAAGGGCGUCCCAUCCAACACGUCAUGGGAGCUGGCCAUGAAGAUGAUCGUGGACGAUCCGCGGUACAGUGCCCUGCCCAAGCUGAGCGAGAAGAAGCAAGCCUUCAAUGCCUACAAGGCCCAGCGGGAGAAGGAGGAGAAGGAGGAGGCUCGGCUGAGGGCCAAGGAGGCCAAGGAGGAGCUGCAGCGGUUCCUGGAGCAGCACGAGCGGAUGAGCUCCAUCACCCGCUACAGGAAAGCUGAGCAGAUGUUCGGGGAGCAAGAGGUUUGGGCUGUGGUCCCCGAGCGUGACCGCAAGGAGAUCUACGACGACGUGCUGUUCUUCCUGGCCAAGAAGGAGAAGGAACACGCCAAGCAGCUGCGCAAGCGGAACAUCCAGGCGCUGAAGAACAUCCUGGACAGCAUGAGCAACGUCAGCUUCCAGACCACCUGGUCCGAGGCCCAGCAGUACCUGAUGGACAACCCCACCUUCGCCGAGGACCAGGACCUGCAGAACAUGGACAAGGAGGAUGCACUGAUCUGCUUCGAGGAGCACAUCCGCACGCUGGAGAAGGAGGAGGAGGAAGAGAAGGAGAAGACAAGGCUGCGUGAGAGGCGCCAGCAGCGGAAGAACAGAGAGGCCUUCCAGAAUAACAGGCUGCUUCUUGCCCAGGCCUUUCUGGAUGAGCUGCACGACAAGGGGCAGCUGCACUCCAUGUCCACCUGGAUGGAGCUGUACCCCUCACUCAGCGCCGACGCCCGCUUUGCCAACAUGCUGGGCCAGCCUGGCUCCACCCCCCUGGACUUGUUUAAAUUCUACGUGGAGGAUCUCAAGGCUCGUUUCCAUGACGAGAAGAAGAUCAUCAAGGACAUCUUAAAGGAUCGCGGCUUCAGCGUGGAGGUGACCACAACCUUCGAGGACUUCGCUCACGUGAUCAGCUUUGACAAGAGGGCAGCCACGCUGGACACGGGCAACAUCAAGCUGACUUUUAACAGUCUGCUGGAAAAGGCUGAGGCGCGGGAGCGGGAGCGGGAGAAGGAGGAAGUGCGCAAGCUGCGCCGCCGGGAAGCAGCCUUCAAGAGCAUGCUGAAGCAGGCAGCCCCAGCCCUGGAGCCCGGCUCCUCCUGGGCCGAGGUGCGGGACCGCUUCGUCAGUGACCUGGCCUUCGAGCAGAUCACGCUGGAGUCGGAACGGAUCCGGCUCUUCAGGGAGUUCCUCCAGGUGGUGGAGAACGAGUGCCAGCACUACCACGCCAAGGCCAAGAAACACGCCAAGAGAGCCAGGAAGCACCACCGGAAGGGCUUGCAGUCGAGCUCAGCUCCCGCAAGGCCAGGAAGCAGAAGAAGAAAAGCAAGAAGAAGAGGCACAAAUCGGACAGCCCCCAGAGCGAGGGCGAGCGGGGCAGGAAGGGGAAGGAGAAGGAGCCGGAGCGGGCGGAGGGCCGACGGCGCUCCCCCCAGCGCAGCCUCAAGAGGGAGAAGAGCGUCUGGGACACGUCGGACAGCGAGCCGAGCGAGGGCGAGCUGGAAAAGCGGCGUCGGACACUGCUGCAGCAGCUGGACGACGAUCAGUAGCCAGGUCUGCGGGACUGUCGCUGAGCUGGGGCUACCUCAGCUCCCCACCCCUCUCCCCAGGCUGGGGAGAGGCUCCGGACAGCUCGGUGCGGGCGGGAGGCUCCUGAGAGAGCAGAGAGGGGGCCCCGCUCCACCCAGGACUCCUUCCCCCCCAUCCCUGCGGAUCCCCCCCGCACCCGAGGACCCAUCGCCCCUGGGGCUGCUGUGAGCACCUCUGCUUGGCCGGCCCCUCGGCGCUCAGAGGACCGGCCCCAGGACAGCGGCGCUUUGGAGAGGGGCGAACGCGGCUCUCACAGGUGGUUCUGUGGCUGCGCUGAGGAUCAUGGGUGCCUGGGGCGCCCUGCGGGGUUGGCUGCGGGGGCGUGUGCUGCUGAGUAGCCGGGACCCUCGGCCUGCUCGUACUCUGGGAAUUAAAGGGGUUUUUAAAAUAAUAUUUAUAAAUGUG